UCAUACGGACGUAUCGUGUUACUAGUCUUAUUAUGAUUAAAUAAGCUUUUAAAAAAACUUGUUCAGUGUGUAGAUUUGAAAGCUUUCAAUACAUAAUGGCGUUUCAAUUGAUUAUUUCCUUGUGAAGAUUAAGACGCUUCACCUGAAUCAUUAACAAUUUGUAUUUCAGUUUGCUUUUAAAGAUUAGGAUACCAUUCGGAAGAGGUGACAUCAUCUUGACAACAUGAGAAGCAUUUCUAGUGAUGGGACCUCCGUCUAUGAAGAAAUGGGCUUUUCUUUGGCAGCAUCUGUCUUCGGAGGGAUCCUUAUCGUUCCAAUAGUUUUUUAUGGAGUGCUACCUGGAACGUAUAUCCUUAGCUCAAAGAUCACCCUAGGAAUAAAUGUUUCUACUAGAAUGCUUGGUCUUGCAACAAUGAUUUACAUGGUUUUAUCUCUAGUUCGUGGCAGAAGAGACUGGAUAUUGAGUACAAAUCACUCGCUAGUGAGGAGGAUCAGACUAGGGUUUCUAUGGGUGUUUUGUGUUUUAAAAUGCACAACAUCUGUAAUGCAUAGCCUUUUGCGCAUUUUCUGUUUAAAGGGUGAAGGUAUGCCUUCUUCCGUGAUCGCUGUUCUUCUGGUUGAGAGUUCCACAUUAGUCUCAUAUGCCUUCCUUCAGAUGGGGUUCAUUACAUAUACUAGAAGAUACAUCUUUUAUAAUUUGACAUCCGUUAAAUGUGUGACUUUCAUUGUUGCUCUGUCCAACAUCAUCGAAGGACUGACGUCACUUUCACGUCAUAUAUCUGAAGACAUGAACGGUAUAGUCAGAAUGUACAAUUGCUCAUUUGUAUCUAAUACACCAGGACGACGCUUUGCGAGGGCGAUAGAUCUCUUUAGAGCACCCAUAUCCCUUGAAUUUUCUAUUCUAGCAACCACAGUGGUUCUCGCAUUGAGAUCGGGAAGUGGAUGGACCAUGGAAAUAAACCGCGUAGAAUUGAUCGCCACUUAUAGAUAUUUUCGGAGAAGAAUUGCUAUGGUAUUGAACAUUAUUAUAAGCGUGGUUGUCAAUUUGAUAAUUUUGGUAACUGACGUUACUUGGGUGGUGUGGCCACACAAUAAGAUAGGUGGAGAUAUUCACCACUACGCCGUACUCACACAGAAAGGUCUUGCAUUAUUGCAUGUUUUAAUCAUUCACUACUGUCUCUUUAAAAAACUGAAUUUACAGAUACGAAAUACUAUGCUGAACUUCAAUGAUAUAUCAUUGUUAAUAGGUGCAGCUGCUGUCGUUGUUUAUAUCAUGAUAUCACACGUCAUCGCCUAUCUUGAUGUGCCAUUUGUUGUGUUAAACUUUCUCUUCACAUUUUACCAAACAAAUUUCCUUCUUUACGGAAGACGAAUAGCGUAUGCGGAAGUUGACAAUAUUUCUUCGUAUACUCUUAAAGGAAGUCUAGCAACUUUGAUUGGAAUUAAUAUGACGUCAUGGUUUAAUAAUUCAUUUUUCACGCUUAUAAAUAUAUCUCGCUGGAAGCCAAUACCGUUGAUCAAAGAUAACAACUACAUUCUCUAUAUGAUUUACCCUUUCUUGGCAUAUUUCCGAUUUCAGUCUUCAAUGGAACUUCUAGAAUUCUACAGAAAGAUAUGACGACAUUUGGUAAUGCUUACACUCAUGUUCUUAUUCAACUCUUGUAUACGUAUUUAAGAGUAUUUAAGGAAUGACUUUAGUUAUGGGGCAAUUAUUCGAGUAUAAACUGGUUUGGGUCAGUUUACGCUUUAUAAUCCGCGAAGCGAAUUAUAAAAAAGCGUAAACUUACCCAAAGCAGGUUAUACUCGUAUAAAUUGCCCCAGGAUUAAAGUGAUUCCUUAUUAUUUAAUGCAAGAGACAAAGAUACUUACCUUCGUUUAUCAAAAAGUACAUAAACUCGAAAAAAUACAAGUCAACUGAGCCGCGCAAUGAUUCACUUAGCAACAACGACGAAGCGUCUAGCUGUGAAGCAUUCUCUCACCAGAGGGCGCGUUACGCAAGCUUCACAUACACCUCUGUCAACGCUUGGAAUCACGUGACAAUAUAAUCACAUGAUAUAAACAUUCAUUCUCGGUUUCCUUUCUCUUUAAAAGUUCAGGCAACAGGUGAUACAUCAGGCUCUUUUCAUAGCCAACUGACACUUUAAAAAGUGCAUAUUUACCGUUUAGCUGUUUGUCUCUUAUUUUGCAAGUUUUAUCGUAUUUUUACAGCCUUUCUUACUUUUGAUUCCAUGUUUACAUUUAAAUCUCCACCACGUGUAUACCCUACAUUCAUACGCAUAUUACGAAGUAGUUCGAAAUUUAUGAUCAGAAAACGGCGAUUUUAAACAAUUUACAGUAAGCAUCAAUUUGAUUGCACCAAAAACAUAUCAUAAUAUGACUAAAUAUUUAGUCCAAAACAUAAAUGUUGGAUCAAAGAAACUUUUACAAGAUUUCUGUAAAAAGCCGUUGACAGAGGUGUAGUGCGAGGAGCGCACGGAACUCUGGGUAGAGAAUGGCUGUGAAGGUCGCCAUCUUUAAUCUUAGUUCUUCUGAUGUUUGUCAUGAUAGAAAUUAUGUUUAGACUAUGCAUGUAAUGCGUAUUUCGCUGCCCUUUAGAGAUAGAGAUCGAAUUUGAAGUCGCUCAUCUCCAACAGAUUGAAAAAAUACGGGAAAUUGCAUUGUUUAGGCAUUGUUUAAGCCUACCCAAAAUGAAUCUUCAAAUAUCAGAAAAUGCAAUAAUUUGUGGCUUUUAACUCUGUGAAAAAACUUCUACUACAUAAAAACUUACCAUUCCAUGCAACAUUGUCGCUAAUAGUAAAUCCAACAUGUGUAUAAGCAAGUGGCGAAUUGCGAUUCACAUGUCAAUGUGACUAACGUGAUGUGAUAAAAUGUGACGCAUGAAUUUUUGUUUGCUUUGUUGAAAGGCGGAUCAAGCAAUGAAACACCCCCACCCUUUUCCCAGUGAGAAAUGUAUUUCAAAAUGAACAAGGCAAUGCUUACUUGGUAAAUCAUUAAUUCGAAUAUAAUAUCUUUGUUUUAAUCUAUUAUCCGACCAUCAUACAGAGAAGGAUGUUUUAGAACAGUGAUUUGCGAACAAGUAAAUGCUAAUAUUGACAACGGGAAAACAAUAUGUGUAUCAAACCGAAGAAACUUAUUGUACACGUUGACUUUUCAUAGAAGGAUGCCAACAAUGCUGCGAUGUAAAUUUAGAGGGAGAGAAAAAAAAUUCCUGCAUCUGGUUGUCAAGGGUGUGUGUCCCCCAACCAAACCAGGUUAUACAAAAAUAACCUGCGUUCCUCAAUUGGAAUUUGACCAAUCAGAGACUAGGAUACAUUAAGAAUUAAAUUAUUGAAAAUUAUUUAAAAUCACUGUUUAAAAAUAUUUCUUGUCAUGGUAAUAGUGUAUGAGGUUAUAGAAAAGAUGGUUGUUCGUGGCUUAAAAUACAUUGUGGUUUUAGAAAGUGUGUUUGUUAUUAGUAUCCUGUUCAAUUCAUUUCGCAAAAAAUAGCCCCAAAUCGUCGUAAAACUGGUGCACACACACGCACGCACGCGUGCACACGCGCACACCCACCCAUCCACACACAAACACACACGAGAUUAUUUGUAGUGAAAUCAGUGUGCCAGGAACGGCGUAACAAUCGGCAUGAAGCACGUCAGACAUCAUUUGACCCAAUGAUAAGGUUGUAUUGGCAAACUAGAUCGUUAUAACGACCAUAAAAUUUGCGAAAUGCUAACUUUAAACGAGAUUGUUGAAACCCCUGCACCAUCAACG